UGAAAUUGGACGUCACAAUUUGCGCACGUGUCCGCGGUGCUGAGUAGUUUCCAAUAGAAGUAUUUACGUUUGUUUACCAGAAGUGCUAUAUCGUGUUGUGUUACUCAAAGUACAGUGUUUGUUCAACAAUAAUAAUCAGACGUGCCACAAGUGUUGUGUCCCACUAACACAAAUAGCGAGAUACUUCUUGUUCUAUAUAAUAGUGACUUCCGCCUGACGCCAGAAUGUCUCAUCAUCGUGAACCAACUGUGGUGGGCGUAGCCAACUUCAAUGCAGCAGAAGAUGCUGCCACACUGCGUGCAGCCAUGAAGGGCUUCGGCACCGAUGAGCAGACCAUCAUUGACAUCCUGUGCUCUCGCUCGAAUGCCCAGCGGCAAGCGAUUGCCCAGGCAUUCACCCAUGAGUAUGGAAGGGACAUCAUCGAAGACCUAAAAUCCGAACUGGGCGGUCACUUCGAAGACGUGAUCGUCGCCCUGAUGCGGCCGCCAGCAGAGUACCUAUGCAAGGAACUGCACAACUGCAUGGAGGGCAUGGGCACCGAUGAGAACACCCUGGUGGAGAUCCUGUGUACUAGGACUAAGAAGGAGAUCGCUGAGAUUGUCGACGCUUAUGAGAGACUGUACAACCGCCCGCUGGCCGAGCACAUGUGCUCCGAGACUUCUGGAGACUUCCGUCGACUGCUCACUCUCAUCGUGACCUCUGCUCACCAGGGCGCGCGCGACGAGGAAGCGGGCGUUGACCUCGCAAGAGCUCAGGCGUCGGCGCAAGAACUGUUCGAUGCCGGAGAAGCCAAGUGGGGUACUGACGAGGAGAUCUUCAACAAGAUCCUCGCCCACGAGAGCUUCGCGCAGCUGCGCGCCAUCUUCGAGGCGUACAAGGACAUCGCGGGCCGCACUAUCGAGCAGGCCAUCAAGGCCGAGAUCGGGGGCGAACUCAAGGACGCUCUCAGCGCUAUCGUGGAAUGCGUGGAGAACGCGCCCGCUUGGUUCGCUCAGCGCCUGCGCGCGGCCGUGGAGGGCGCGGGCACGGACGACGCGGCGCUCGUGCGCAUCAUAGCGUGCCGCGCCGAGAUCGACCUCGGCAGCAUCAAGCAGGAGUAUGAGCGUAUCUACGAUAAGACGCUCGAAAGCGAUAUUAAGCAGGGCGAGACGUCCGGCGACUACAAGCGCGCGCUCGUGGCGCUCAUCUCGCCCGCGUAAGGCGGCUCGAAGCUGAUCGACGUUGCAAGAUCUUACGAUAUCUAUUUAACCCUUUUCCAAGCAUAUUACGACAUCUCCACCAAAUACGCGUGACACGCGUCAAUAGAAUUUCAACGUUAGUAUUCCGAUAAUAAGGUUCAAAUUAAAUUGCACUUGAAUCACUCAAGCUGGAUUAAUUGGAAUAUAUUUGGAUUUUUCGGGAAAACCUUGUAGAUUGGUGCGGAAAAGGGUUUGCGGUAGCUGUAUCGAUAUCAAUUCAUAUAAACGUUCACUAGUUGUAUCUUAUUUUAAUAAAUUAUUGACAGUUCUGGUUGAUACAAAUCUGUACAAGUGGUUAUUACUGGAUUUAGAAAUAAAUUAAUAAACGUAUUGAAAAUGUUAGUUUCCAAACAUUAGAAUUCCUUUUGAAUCAUCGAAGGUUCCAAAUCAAACUCGACCAGUAAAAAAAUAAUAUUUAGAAAUUUACAGCACUAUUUUUAACCGAGCUGUUUACUUUAUAAAAUAAUUGAAUUGUAACUGUUACAAUUGAGCCUCCUUAAGAAGAUGAAACAAAUUUUUUCGUCUGUAUUUUAAAAUUCCUUUUAAAUUUGAAUAACAAAUAUUAAGCUCACAAUGCGUAUGUCGAUUGAGCAACUACUAAGUUAAGAUUCACUGUUGUAUUUAUUUAAGGUUUACGAUUUAUUAGAGAAGUUUUUUUACCGUCAUCUAGGCCUAAUUCUCAUAUUUCAUACCCUCAUUAUUCAACUAUGAUUGUGCUCAGUUAACACAUUCAGUGCCAGCGCGUGCUACGCGCUACGAGCGUAGUCGAUAACAUGCGAAAAUGCGUACGUAGCGAAAAACGACUACGGACUGAGCGCCCGCCUGGCGGGUUGCUGGCAGUGAAUUCGUUAAGCAAUAACUUUUAGUUUAUUUGUAUGUGAACACCCCGCUUAUUUAUAUGUACAAUCAAAAAAUUCAAUUUGUGACCUACUUCAUACCUUGUUACGGUAACAAUAGUAUGAGGUCUCUAACGACUUUCAUGUUGUUUGUCACUGACACGGUACGAAAUGGAUCAUAAAUUAAAUCUGUUGAUUAUACAAAGAUGAUUUUGUACUGAAUGAUUGGACAUCACAUAAUUUUAAAUUUAAAAGGUAUUUUACCUUUAGCGUUUUUCUUAGAUAUACUAUUUUUUAUAAAAUAAAUGCUUGAAACGUCGUGAUGCGCUGAAUUUUAGUUAUUUAUAUUAAUAAUUUAUGACAAUCUUUAUAGAAUGAAAGUGUACCUUAUAUGUAGUUCGCUGAACGAAAAACUAAGCAGUGCCUUGGAAUUGUUGAUUUACUCAAAUUAUAAUAUUAAUUGAUAUACAUAUAUUGUUAUUGCAAUGAAAAAUUUUAAUUGUUUUACGCAUUCCAUCCUUGUUUGUGGAGUUACUAGAUAUAGUUAGUAGGUUUAUUUCACCUCGAAUACAUUUUAAUUGUAUGUA